AUGGCAAAAACAAGCGUGCUCUUCCUCGCAAACAGCGAGCACGGGCAGACGAACAUCGUGCUGGCCAUCAUCCACGAGCUCCUGCUGCGCGGCGACAUCGACAUCCACCUCGCCUCGUUCCCCGUGCUGGAAAAACGCCUCAACAAGCUCCUGCACGACAACGAGACACACUACAACGCCAGCUACAAAUCGCGCGUGCACUUCCACCCCGUGCGCGGGCCCUCAAACACAGAGAUCUUCAUCCGCACGGGCAAGCGCGGCGCGUUCCAUCCGCCCGGGUACAGCGGCUCCGUGCUGGGGUUCAAGUCGCUGUGCGAGGAUAUCUGGGGGUGGACGGAGGAGGAGUACGUCGACAUCUACGAGAGCUGCGUGGAGAUCAUCAAGGACGUGCAGCCGAGUCUGUGCGCGAUCGACUUCUUCUUCCUGCAGGGCAGAGACGCAGCGUAUAACGCGGGCCAGACGACCGUGUUGCUGAACACGACCAGUCUGAGCCAUAUCGUGCUGGGCCUGCAGAAGAAUGCGAAGUGGGCGUGGAAGUAUCCGAUGCCGGGCACGGGCUUCCCAUACCCCCUCCCCCCGCACCUCAUCCCGCUCAACACAAUGGCCGUCUUCAAGACCGCAAAGAUGUACCACGGCAGCGGGCGCCGCCGCGAGAUCCGCGACUGGCGCAUCAAGCACAAGAUCCACGGGCGGUUUCCGUUCGCCGACGCGUGGAUGCCGAACCGGCUGCAUCUGUCGCCCGCGCUCAAGGAGCUGGACUGGCCGUUCGAUGUCCCCGACAACGUCGUCGCGUGCGGACCCAUCCUGCUCCCCGUCGCGCCCGUCAAGACGCAGGACGCCGAGAUGUACACCUGGCUGCAUCAGGCGCCGACCGUGCUGAUCAACCUGGGAACGCUGUACGCGCCGGCGCCCAGCGUGGUUUUGGAGAUCGCAACCGGCGUGAAAAGUUUCCUGUCCUCGAAGUCGGUCGGCGACCGCAAGAUCCAGGUCCUGUGGAAACUGCCCAAGCACCCGCACGACCAGGACGAGAUCUACGCGGCGUCCAUAACACCGCUGGCGGAGCUGAUGGCGUCCGACACCGUGCGGAUCCGCUCGUGGUUCGAGGUCGAGCCGCUGGCGAUGCUGGAGACAGGGCAGAUCGUGUGCUCGGUGCACCACGGCGGCGCGAACUCGUGGUACGAGGCUAUCCAAAACGGCGUCCCCCACGUCGUCCUCCCGGCGUGGCAGGACUGCUACGAGAACGCCGCGCGCGCCGAGUGGCUGGGGAUCGGCGUGUACGGGAACAAGACGCGCGCGCCGGAUAUCAGCGGGGCCGAGCUGAGCAGGGCGUUGAGCAAGGUGCUGGGCAGCAAGUCGUACCUGGAGAAGGCGGCCAAGCUGCAGAAGCUGUGUCGGGUGAAGGAGGGGCGCGUUGAGGCGGCCGAGCGCAUUGCGGAUCUUGCUGCCCGCCCGGAUAAGAGCAUGAUUGCUGUUCCGGAGCCAAGGGGGGAUGAUGACAGGAUUGUGACGGUUGAGAAUGGCAAGGGCGAGACGUUGCAGACUGUCAAUUUCAAGGAGAAGGAUCGCGCUGUGGUCGAGAAAUCCAUCCCCCGCCGCCUCCUCGAGAUCCUCGCCGUGGCAUUCAUCUCGAAUACAUGGUGGCUCCUCCCAAUCCUCGGCUACUCGCUCCUCCUAAUCCCCAACACCAUAAUCCGCCUGCUGGUGAUCUCCUACAUCAUCCACAUCAAAUUCGUCAGCACAGCCCACAAAACAAACCACAACAAGCGCAGCGCCUGGUUCCGCUCCUCCUUGCUCUGGAGAUUACACGCAUCAUAUUUCCCAAUAAAGCUGUACAGAAGCACCCCGCUCUCUCCACGGCGCAAAUACAUCUUCGGCGGGCACCCGCACGGUAUUGCAUGCCACGGGUUAGUGGGCGCCUUCAGCGCGGACGCGUCAGGCUUCGCGGAGUUAUUCCCCGGUAUCAAGAACAGUUUCCUCGUGAAGGAUGCGUUUUUCACAACACCGUUCCUGCGCGAGUACGUCUUUGCGCGCGGGCAGAGCGGCGUGUCGCGGGACUCCUGCCUGCACCAUCUCACGCGCGGCGGGUACGAUCUGCGCGGGAUGGGGAAGGCAAUUACCAUCAGCAUCGGCGGGAGCCGGGAGUAUAACGUCGCGGCGCCGGGGACGAUGAAGGUGGUGAUCAAGAUCCGGAAGGGGUUCGUGCGGCUAGCUGUUGAGACGGGGGCGGAUCUCGUUCCUGUGCUGGUGUUCGGCGAGAAUGACCUGUUUGCGCCGGUGGGUUAUACCCCGGGCUCGCUUAAGGGGUUUGUGGCGUGGGCGUGGGAGAAGGCUGUUGGGCAUAAGGUUGCGUUUUCGCUGGGGCGGUUUGGUUUGUUUGUGCCGUUUCGACGGCCGUUGCGUGUUGUUGUGGGCAGGCCGAUUGGCGUUGUGCAGCAGAGGUUUGAUGUGAAGGAGGAGUAUGUGGAGGAGUUGCAGGGGAGGUAUAUUGAUGAGCUGAAGAGGAUCUGGGCGGAUUGGAGGGAUGAAUUCGAGGGGGAUGCCAGUGUUAAGUUUGAGAUUGUUGAGUGA